CUGAUGACGCAGGUCAUGCGCGACAAGGAGACGGGCGUGUGUCGCGGCUACGGCUUUGUCACCUUUGAGUCCGCGCACCAGGCGAACUUGGCCAUGAGUAGUCUCAACGGGAAGCACCUUCCGGGGCAGUCCAUCCCUACAGAUGGGGGGAAGGCCCUGCGUGUGGCG